CAAAACAAAAACACACUCUCUUCUUCUUCUUCUUUUGAGCUUUGAGUUUAAGGACUUGAGAGAGAAAAGCUAUGGUGAAGUUCACAAAGCAGUUUGAGGGGCAGCUUGUGCCCGAAUGGAAAGAUGCCUUCGUCGAUUACUCUCAGCUCAAGAAAGACCUUAAGAAAAUCCAUUUGUUUACGAAUGGAGUUGAGAAGAAGCACAGAGAAACUUCUCUCAUCCAAAUCAUUAAGUCCUCUUUAGGAAAGCUUUCCCUUUUCGGUAACAAAGAGCCGGAACGCUUUCGUGUCAUCAAAGUUCAUAGGAAGCUUGCCUCUUCUGGAAGUAACAAUGACAUGUAUGAGACGGAACUUUUGGAGAAGAUUGCUGAUGAUACCGAUGCUGCGAAAGAGUUCUUCGUGUGUCUAGACACGCAGCUUAACAAAGUGAAUCAGUUCUACAAGACAAAGGAGAAAGAGUUCUUGGAGAGAGGAGAGUGUUUGAAGAAGCAAAUGGAGAUACUCAUUGAGCUCAAAGAUGCUUUCACACAAAAGCAAGCCAAUGGAGAGUCUACUCAAGAAUCAAAAGAAGACGAUUCCAUAUCCUGCACCAUCUCAUGCGAGGAAGACUCUGUGAGGAUCAGAACAGAGCAAAUGCAACUUCAGGAAUCUUGCUUAGAGGAUUUGGAGAACAAUGGAACAGAAGCAUUGGAGUCUCCGAGAUCAGAAGAAGCAAUCAAAAUCAACGAGGAAGACUUGAAGCCGAGGACGGUUUCAGGUCGGGUUUUCAGCUGUCAAGGGAAGAAUCUGAAGAUAAAGAUCCCAUUGACCAAUCCUUCUCGUACAUUCUCAGCUAUAAGUUACUUGAUCAAAGAAGAUUUGAUAAACCAGUCAUCGUCCAAGAAAUGUGGUCCAGAUGGAGUAAAUAAGCUGCGAAUCAGCAAGAACAAACUAAGUCACGCCGAGAAGAUGAUAAAAGGAGCUUUGACAGAACUCUACAAAGGUUUAAAUUAUCUCAAAACUUACAGAAACUUGAACAUGUUAGCCUUCAUGAACAUUCUCAAGAAAUUCGAUAAGGUAACUGAAAAACAAAUUCUUCCAAUUUAUCUCAAAGUGGUGGAAAGUUCUUACUUCAACAGUUCAGACAAGGUGAUAAAUCUAUCAGACGAAGUUGAGGAAUGGUUCAUCAAGCACUUCGCAGGAGAAAAUCGUAGAAAGGCGAUGAAAUAUCUGAAACCGCACCACCGUAAAGAGUCUCACUCUGUAACCUUCUUCAUUGGUCUUUUCACUGGUUGCUUUGUUGCUCUUCUUGCUGGCUACAUCAUUGUGGCUCAUCUGACUGGAAUGUAUAGAAACCAUUCUGAGAACACUUUCUACAUGGAAACUGCGUAUCCUGUACUUAGCAUGUUUGGACUCUUGUUUCUGCACUUGUUCCUAUACGGUUGCAACAUAUUUAUGUGGCGAAAAGCGAGGAUAAACUAUAGUUUCAUAUUCGAACUUGGGUCCAAAAAUGAGCUCAAGUUCAGAGAUGUUUUCUUGAUAUGUACCGCUUCAAUGUCUGCGAUAGCCGGCGUUAUGUUUCUUCAUCUCUCACUUCUCGCAAAAGGUUACUCCUUUCGACAAGUUCAAGUGAUCCCUGGCCUUCUUUUACUGGUCUUCGUGUUAAUACUGAUUUGUCCCUUGAACAUUUUCUACAAAUCUAGCCGUUACCGGCUUAUUUCAGUCAUCAGAAACAUUGUUUUUUCACCUCUUUACAAAGUCGUGAUGCUCGAUUUCUUCAUGGCUGACCAACUUUGCAGCCAGGUACCGAUGCUAAGGAACCUAGAAUACAUAGCCUGCUACUACAUAACAGGUAGUUACGCAACACAGGACUAUGGAUAUUGUAUGAGAGUCAAGUACUACAGAGAUCUCGCCUAUGCAGUUUCUUUCCUCCCAUACUACUGGAGAGCAAUGCAGUGUGCAAGGAGGUGGUUUGACGAAGGCGAAACGAGCCACCUAGUGAACCUAGGGAAGUACGUAUCAGCGAUGUUAGCCGCUGGAACCAAAGUGGCUUACGAAAAAGAGAGGAGCAUUGGUUGGCUCUGUCUUGUGGUAGCUAUGUCAAGUUUAGCCACAAUUUACCAAUUGUAUUGGGAUUUUGUAAAAGAUUGGGGUUUACUUCAACACAAUUCCAACAACCCUUGGCUUAGGAACCAACUCAUGCUUCGCCAAAAAUCUAUUUACUACUUCUCUAUGGUUCUAAAUCUUGUUCUGAGGUUGGCAUGGCUACAAACAGUCUUACACUCAAGUUUUGAGCAUGUGGAUUACAGAGUCACUGGAUUGUUCUUGGCUGCUCUUGAAGUUAUCAGGAGAGGACAUUGGAACUUUUACCGAUUGGAGAAUGAGCAUCUAAAUAAUGCAGGGAAGUUUCGAGCUGUGAAGACAGUACCGCUUCCUUUCAGAGAAGUCGAUGAAGAAGACUAAUCUGAUGAUCGAUCAUAUCAUUAUUAAUUAGUUUUGUCAGAUUUGAAAGAACAAGAGAAGAAAAAGAAAGGUGAAGGACUUGUUCUUUCUUGAUCAACCAUAUUUUGUGAUCUGAUCAAGAAUCUUUAAAUUAUUAUUCUUGUCCGAAAAUUGAUGUAACUAAAGAAUCCUACUCCCCUUUUUUUCCUCAUUGUUCAU